GUGGCGAAUGCGACCGUUAAGAGUGGUGCUUUUUAGUCUUCCGAUACCGUUUGAGAUGGUCACGCUCGAUCCUGGAGCCUGGGCAGCAUCUCUCCCUCAUAUUAACCACCCCUUUUGUAUCACCCGUUCGGUACCGUUCGGUACCGUUCGGUACCUAUUCGGUGGCCAAACUUGUUGUCAGAGUUGGCCCUGCAUAGAGCAAACAGGCGCGCUCUCAUCGGGAAAGACAGGGGGAAUCUGAGGUCACUGGGCAGAAACUUCCAUCGGCGGUUCGAAUGAUCAAGCAGCCUUCGGAGAUGCGAGAUGCUCGGAGUUCUGCUAUUUUCAUCAAGCGUGAUGGUGUCCGCGCUUAUUUCCCAUGGAUGCCGCGGAAGAUCAACUGAACUUGAAG